UUGCUUUGUUGGGGCAACAGGUUUUGAGUCACAUCAUAUAAAACAAUAACAUUAAAUAUGUCCAAAGGUGGGGAUUGUUUUUAAAGCUGUGCAACUUUAUUAAGUUAAGCUGAUAAACAAAGUUCACCAUAUGACCUACUUUAUCGAAAUGCUGUUUUUUGUAUUGUUUUUUAUUUAAAAAGGCACAUUGUGCACACGUGUUGUGCUUUCCUUUCAUGUAUAAACACACACAGAUAUAUAUAUGUUUUUGUUAAAUAGUACAGUAGUUCGCUUGCAGGAAUAAAUUGCACCAUAGCACCGUGUCGGGGCAGCGUCAUGUUUUGUGACUGCAAUGCCUUUGUGGAGGCGAUGGGCGGUUCUGGACGCAGAUGGCGCUGUUGAACAUAUAUUUUGUUUCAGUCCCGUUUCCCUCCAUGGUUUCUCCUCUCUCCGACUAACUUAGCGUUUGGCUCAGUUCAUUAUACAGUCCUAUAUUCUCCCUCCAUUAGGGCAUCUCUGCCUUUGGACUGAAGAUCCCACCAAAACCCAAGAGAGAAAAGUUUAACUUUCAUAGGGGCAAGAUGGACAUGAAAAAGAGGAUCCACUUGGAGCUAAGAAACAGGACACCGUCUGAUGUACGAGAACUUGUCCUUGACAAUUGUCGAUCGGUUGAAGGAAAAAUCGAAGGCCUCACAGCUGAGUUUGUCAACCUGGAGUUCCUCAGUUUGAUAAAUGUUGGCUUAAUCUCAGUCUCCAACCUGCCUAAACUAGGAAAACUCAAAAAGCUGGAGUUGAGUGACAACAGAAUCAGUGGCGGCCUUGAUGUUUUAGCAGAGAAACUACCCAACCUUACACAUCUAAACCUGAGUGGCAACAAAUUGAAAGACAUCAGCACAUUGGAACCAUUGAAAAAGCUGGAUAACCUGAAGAGUUUGGACCUGUUCAACUGUGAAGUGACAAACCUGAAUGACUACAGAGAGAGCGUGUUCAAACUGCUGCCCCAGCUCACCUACCUGGAUGGUUACGACAUGGAGGAUAGGGAAGCCUCUGACUCUGACGGAGAGGUAGACGGAGUAGAUGACGAUGAAGAUGAAGAGGGAGAGGAGGAGGAAGACGAGGACGGAGAGGAGGAGGACUUUGAUGAGGAAGACGACGAUGAGGAGGACGAAGAGGAGGUAGAAGGAGAAGAGGACGAUGAUGAGGUCAGCGGAGAAGAUGAGGAGGAAGAUUUCGGCCAGGAUGGCGAGGUUGAUGAAGAAGAUGAGGAUGAUGAUGAUGAUGAUGACGCAGACGCCGGCAGAGGCGAGAAGAGAAAGCGAGACCCAGAGGAUGAGGACGACGACGACGACGACGAAGACGACGAUUAAGAGCAAAACUGAGAGCCUACCGAGUUACCCUUCCUCUCCCACAAACCCGAACGUCCACCACCCUCCUACAACUCGCACCGCCUUUGUAAUCCACGUCUACCCCACCACCACCACACCCAACCCACCCAGCCCUACCCAGCCCUGCCUCCCCCCCCCCCAGCUCUGAGCUCUUUUU